ACGUGAUCUUCAUUCUCAUUAGGGCCGAUGUUGUCUGCAGCACGCCUGAUGAUAAUUUGUAUCUGUCACUUCACGAUAUGGAUUAAACUAGGAGUUUAGGUACUGGAUUGUUUUGUGUUAUAUGUGCCGUGUCUGCAGCGCUAACUAGGUGCAGAAGAAAAAGCUGAGAAGUAGAAAAAGGUUUAUGGCCUCAUGGAAAGGAAAAGGACGUACCUCUUUGCAACAGUGCAGAAUAAGAGUUGUGAAUUUUGAGCUUGAAUAGUUUUCUGACCUCAGUGGCGAAGUAAAGAGAGAGCUACAGAUGUUGGAUUGAAGGUAAACAUGAAUCCUGCCAGCUAGUGAGGAGAAUUCUGAAUUGUGCUUCAAUCUGCACAAGACACUUUCAUUUGGAAGGAAAUGCACCCCUUUGGUAGAGAGGGUGAAGCCUCUUUGGAACUUUUAUUUGAAUUCUUUCGUGAGUGUCUGCAGCAAGGAGAAUGGGAGUUAGCCCGGGCUUGCUUGCCACAACUUCAUCAAUGCCAUAGAGCUGGAGUAGAAGGUAUUGAAGACGUUCUGCAGGCCUUGGUAUGUUAUCCAUAUCUGCUGAGGUCAUCCAACUCAUGCAGUCCGCAUCGUCUUGCUUGGUUUUGGCUUCUGGCUUUGGAGCAGUGGCUGAGAUAUGAUAAGAAAUCACUGCCCAGCUCAUUGAAGAAGGAAACUGAGUUCCUGUUGCUUUUAGAAGAAUUGCACCAGAAACACAAUGACGACGAGAUUAAGGAAUUGUACGAAACCUUUCUCUACACCCAGAAUCUUGAUGAAUCCAGUGAAAAUAAAAGGAAAACUGAAUGUCUAAAACUGAGCCUCAAGGCAGGAACUGUCCUGAAGAAUGCUAUGUCUUGGAAUCCUCGACUUGUGCAUGAACUAAUUGGAUUCCUCUUAGCAGAUGGCACUCAAGGCAAUGUUGCAGCAUAUAAUCACUCACUACAAAAAUUAUUUGUGGAUUACCUUUUGGGUUGCCUGCAGUCUAAAUGCCACAGCACAUCUACAGCGUGUGUGCCCACAGAAGACACUGAACUUGUAUAUACCAUUUUAUCACUUCUGCAGUUCAACCCCAACUACCAGCCUUCUGAGUUUCGCCAGUUGUGUGAGGAACUCUUUGAUGCUUGUCACAAUGAAAAUCACAAUCUUUGUGAAGAGCGAUUACUCCCAUGUUUGCUGAGAGAGGACAGCCAUGUACUGGUUAACUUGUAUAGUAGCAUUUCUACUGAAAAACAGAAAGCUGAACUUCUGAGACGAGUUCCCACUGAAGCCUGUACUGAACUUUCAGAAGCUGAGAGGAUAACUCUGGCUUUGUUUCUGUACUCAGAACCAGCUCCAGCUUGGAAACUGGUAUAUUUCUACUUCUUGAAUAGCAGCAAGCAUUUUCUGGAACAGGUUUUGAUUACAGCACAAGGCUUGUUGAAGAGAGAAGAAUUUAUCACUUUGCACAGCCUUCUGAAAAGGGAAUUUAGGCCUCUGUCACGCCUCUUGAUUCUUCUUGGGUGGAGCCAUUGUCAGUCUCUGGAAGCAGUACAGACGUUACUGUGCACACUUCAUAAGGAUUUGGACUUGAGCAAUGAUUCUGUUUUGAAAGACUUCUGUGAUGGACUUUCUGAACAAGUUGAAGUGCUUGAGUGGUGCUUGAAUCAGAGUAGAGAGCCUGUCCCAGAGAAGGAUCUAUUGCAGUAUUUGCAUGGCCUGGAUGCCCAUUCUGCAUUAUAUUUCCUUCAUCAUAUCACUGAACUGCCAGCACUGAAUGAGGAGGAAGUGAUGGAACUAUUACAGAGGUUGCCUGCGGAUGGACAUAGAUGGGAUGGUAAACUUGAUCGGCUUGAAGCACAAAGACUGAUUCGUCGGCGAAACCUGGCAUUGUUUCAUGCCUUCUGUGCUCUGAAGUAUGCAGUAUAUGCUCUCUGUGCUAGUGCACAUCUUUGUGGUCAGUGCAAAGAGUGUUUGUCUGUGGCUGAAAGUGGUCUUUCCAAGGAUAAUUUGGAGAGUGAGGAGACUACAAAAGAUUUCUCAGCUGUUUUUAAGCAACAUUUUGAUAAAUGCCAGUAUUACUUGCAACAACUACCAGCUCCUUUUCGUCUUGAGCUUCUGGAAAAUAUCUUCUCCUUGCUUUUUCUUUCCUCAAAUGAGCUCAGUCCUGCCAAAAAAGUAAAAUCUGAGGACUCUGGACUGGAAGAGGAAGAGGCAGAAGAGGAAGAAACUGUGGUUCAUAAAAAUGAAGCUGCUGAUAAUGUUGAAAGUAGUGGAGCAGAGGAAAUGUGUACAGCUGGCCCUUCAAUAUCAGAGAUUUCUACCAAUGAAUUUGGCUUGGAUAAGGGUUCCAAAAGUUCUGGCAUGAACCUAUCAAAUCAUACAGAGGGAAGAGAUGCGUCUUUUUCUUUCCUUGGAAACAGUCUCACAUAUCGUAGUCUGAAUUGCCUUAACCUAAGGCAUGUUGCCAGCGGUCUGAGUGGCUUCCUGGUAGAUGAGGUAGCCAUGGAGUUUUUUCUGCAGUUGCUUCAUGACAACUUGGAGGACUUGAAGCCCUUUGUCCCAUGGAAGGUCAGUUCACUUAUUGCAGAAGAAGAUCUUAAGUUGGUGGAUUGUCUGAAUUGCUCCAUUACUUCAGAUACUUUUGGCACUCGUCUGUCACAGCUUGCCAAGCAUAUAUCAGAAGCUCGUUGGCGAUUUAAAGUUGUGAUGAGUAACAAAGGGGCAGCCUCCAGGAAGCAGUUUGGUGUCAAAAGUUUAAACUUCAGGAAGAAAAGCAGAACAAGAAGGCAGAAAGCAGAUGGAGCGACACAAAUCUCCACAGAGGCUACAAAUGGUGAACUCAGUACAAGUGCAUCAGAUGGAAGUGUUUGUGCCCAGUCUGGGAAGAGAGGCCAGGAAUACAGCACUCCUCAACGAAAUGUACUCAUUCCUAUGAUGCUGUCCACUCCAGAGUCUCUAUUGAUAUCAUGUAUUCUGCGGGGAAACUUUGUUGAAGCACAUCAGGUUGUAUUGAUGUUUGGACUGGAAGCAUCGGAUGGUUACAAGGAAUUACUGUUCAUGGAGCAGUACCAGGAGGUCAUUGCUGAGCUGGCAAGGUUGGAGCAGCAGCAAGAGAAUCACACAGUAGAUGCCACCAAUAGGAAAGUGGGUGGUGGUCGCUGUACCCUUCAGGCAAUUGGCCAUGCAGCGGCAGCAGGUAUGGUGUUCUACUCUAUCUCAGAUGUUGUUGAAAAACUUCUUACAUCAUGUGGUGGGCCAUCUUCAGUACUGCUAGAGGACUUCUGGCUUAGCAAAGUGCAGUUGGAGCAGCAUAACCCUCUUCUGCGGAUUCUGGAGGCCCUAAACCCUUCAAGAAUGGUUGCCUUUGACCUGGCUUGCAGUCAGAGCCAGCUGUGGAAAACCUGCAAACAGCUGCUGGAAAUAGCUGAGCGAAAGCUGCACUGUAGUCUGGAGAGUAGAGGUCAUCUUUUUGACUCUACCCAUCAUCAUGAUGGAAUUCAAGGAUUUCCCGCAGUAAUUCAGCAGAUCAGCAAACUAAUUAAUCAUACAAAUACGCUUCGAGGGCAGUCCAAACCUGAUGAGAUUGAUGAGAAAGUGUCUGCUCAGUUCAGUUUGAGCAUCCGAGAUUUGUUGAUGACAUGCUACCCAGCUGUGACAGAGGACUGCAUUGCUGUUCAGCUCACUUUAUCCCUCCAAAUGGAGAGAACUGUGCAAAAACUCAGAACAGCCAUUGAUUCCAUUGAACUGAGAGUGAGCUUGCUGAAUGCCUUGAUGGAACAGUCAUCACUGAAGCCACAGGAACUGGAGAUGCACCCUGUCCGUAGUCAGAUGAAAUUUCUGCUAAAAAAUUUAGACCAGCUAAUUCAUGCCUCAUCGCACCAUAGUGCAGACCAGCCUGAUUAUGUACGGAGCUUUUUUGACUAUGUUAACACAUUGGCUGCUGUGCUUGUGAAGAGUAUAAAUUCAGAUUCAGAUUUGUCAGCCGAAGUGAAGCUUGGGAAUCCAUUCCUAGUUCUGCGACAGUCUCCUUCACAGUUACUGUCCCAUCUCCUCUUUGAGAGACAAGUCCCUCCAGAUAAAGUGUCAUUUCUUUUAGAAAAAGCUGAGCUGAAUCUUAGCGUAUUGCAGGUCAUUGUAGACUAUUGCUGUGAAACCCUUUCCUUGUGGAGCAGGAGAACAUGCAGCCAGACUCCAUUUCUCAUUGCUGGAAUUGACACAGCCAUUCAGCAUCGUGCACAGAAGACCAUGUCAGAAAGUACAGAGAGCACAGCAGAGAAUACUGAGAUGGAAACAGGGGAGCAUCUUAGUGACAGUAGUCCCUCUUCUCCUGGAUGGUUAUGUCAGUAUACCUUAACGCCUUCAGCACUGGCCUUCCUGAAGUCACAUUCCAGACUUCUAGCAGCAGUUGCCUGCCUUGGUACUUUUAAGGGGCAAAAGGUAGCAAAGUCAAGUCUUUCAGCCUGGAAGGAAUUCAGAGGAGGGAAACGGGAGGUCCCUUUGGACAUGGAUCAGAUUGCCAAAGAAUGUGACUUGUUACUCAAAGAGUUUCCUAUUCUGGAACAAUAUCUUAUUUCAGUGUUGGAACCACUUAAGUGUACCCAGGGAGAGAAUGACAGUCUUGCUGGUUCUUUGUGCGGCAAACAAUAUGCAACUUUGGUCCUCUCAGGCCUUCAUUCUGCCACAGCAGUGAGUGUAGUAAUGGAAGCCUUUCAUGAGGCUGUUGACCUCAAGGAUUGGCCAAGAGCUUUGUACAUCUUAGAGCUGUAUGGACAAGAUAACAAAGAGCUCUCCAGAAUGAGGGAUCUUCUCCUGAGCUGUGCAGUCACAGAUGGUGACAAGGGCUGGCAGUACCUGUUCCGUAUGCAAAAUGCUGUCCUGCGUGGUGACCUUGUCUUGCGCUGUCUGGACAGAUGGCCCCUUGAUGAAUGUCUGGAGGUUUUGUUUUAUUGCAUCAGUGAUCCUGGGACGGGAGAAGAUCUUUUGUCACAGCUGCAGUUUAAGAAGACCGAACUACAGAUUUAUGAAAAGAUUCUGAGUCUGACCUCCCAACCACCUUGGGCCACCUGGCAGGAGCUGAAGGAGGACAGUAGCAGUGACCCUGAGAAAGUGAUGAAUGUUAUCCUGUCAGCUAAGGAGUACGAUUUAUGCGAAAGUUGGGUUAACCUCCAUCCUGUCUCCAAAGAGCUGCUGGUCAGGCUUCACAUCAGUCACCUUCUUCAUCUUCUAGAACUUGAAGAUUCAGAGAAAGCAUUUCAGCUGUUGCAGCAGAGAGGGGAUCCUGACACAAAUCUCAUAGUUUGUGAACAGGCCUUGGACCAGCGGCCUGGACUAGCUGCCUGCCAUUUUCUGGCUGAUUACUUGACUACCCACUUUUACAGAAGCCUGUCUACUGAACGUCACCAUGAAAUACAGGCAAUGCGCAUUGGUUCAAAGUUGUUACUGACACUGCCAGAGUCUGCACGCCUGGACUACUCCCACCUUUCCUCUAGCCCCCUGCUAAUGUUGGAACAGCUGCUUAUGAAUAUGAAGGUUGAUUGGGCUGCUGUGGCAGUGAAGACCCUUCACCAGCUGCUGGUUGGACAGGAAGCCGGCUUUACAGUUGAAGACAUAAAUAACCUGCUUUUAAAGUAUGCAGCAAUGGCACUUCAUUUCCCCUGUGCAUCACGGGAGAGGUCCCGCUCAGAUUCUGUCAUAAGCCUGCAGGAUUUCUUGAACCAGGCCGUGGGACAGGAGGUUGUUCAAACAUCAGUUUCCACUGAAACCUGCCCUGCUAUUGCACUUGGUACCUCAGCUUUCCCAGUACCUCAAAGCCCCAGAGAAAGAUCACAAAAGCGAACAAAAGGAAACAUGGAAUUUGUACCACCAGAGAAGCCACCAGCAAAAAAAGACUGGGUGCCUGAUGAAACUGAGGUGGCUUGCAUGGUCUGUAAAACUGAAAGGUUUACCAUGUUCAACAGGCGUCACCACUGCAGGCGUUGUGGAAGACUUGUUUGUAGCUCUUGCUCCAUGAAGAAGAUGCUCAUUGAAGGGUGCCGAGACAACCCAGUUCGAGUGUGCAACCAGUGUUACAAUUUCUGCACAAAAGGGUCCGAGGAGGAACAGUCAGACCAGACAGAAACAGUUGCAGGGAGUCCUAGCAGUGAUGCCUUAGCUUUCGCCUCCAUGUUACAGCUGCCACGGGCACCAGAACUCCAGUGGAAACUGACACUUAACGAGAAUGAGAAUGAACUAGAACGCAGUGAAUUUUACUUUAGGCAGGCUCCAAGUGCAUCAUUGUGCAUUGCUUUACUGGAGCAACACAGCAACAAAGUUACAUGUGGCCACCAGCUAAUUGAGCAUUGUCGCAAGCUAUCACGAAGCCUGUCCAACCCUGAGGUAGAUGCUCGUCUCCUGACUGACAUCAUGAAACAGUUGCUCUUCAGUGGUAAAAUGAUGUUUGUAAAGGUGGGAAGAAGCCAAGAUUUAGCACUCUGUGACAGUUACAUCAGCAAGGUGGAUGUGCUAAAGAUUUUAGUAGCUGCCAACUACAAGUAUGUACCUUCACUAGAUGAAAUCCAGCAGCCUGCUGCAGUAACCCGGUUACGAAAUCAACUCCUAGAGGCAGAGUACUAUCAGCUUGCUGUGGAGGUAUCUACUAAAAGUGGGCUGGAUCCAACUGGUGUCUGGCAUGCCUGGGGAAUGGCGUGCCUGAAGGCUGGCAAUUUGUCCUCAGCACGGGAAAAGUUAAGUAGAUGCUUAAAGAUACCUUUUGACCUCAACCAGCUCAGCCAGGGAACACGGCACUUGCAGGAUGUUGUGCAAUAUCUAGAGUCUGCAGUCAAACCAGUCCUUUCAGUGCCAGAUGAUGAUAUCCUGGCCUCGCUGAAGGAAUUGGAGGCAACGCUGAAAGUAGAGAGUGGAGGAUUUGAAGUAAUGCAUGAAGGGAAAAUUCAAAAGAAUGUCUACUACCAGGAGUGCCUCUAUUACCUGCACACGUUUGGCACCAAUCUGGCUAUUAUUGGCUUCUAUAUGAGACAUGACUGCAUGCGGGAAGCAUUGGUGCACCUUCUAAACAAGGAGUGUCCUCCUGAAGUAUUCAUGGACGGUGUCUUCAUCCCGAGUUAUGAAAAUGGCAAACUGCAUAUAUUGGAGAUCCAGCUUGAAGCUCUUGAUCCAUCCUUGGAGUCCUGGAGCAGCUACUUGAUUGAGGCAUGCAAACACCUUCAGAAGAGGAAGUUUUAUAACCUGCUUUAUGAUUUGCAGCAGUUCAUGAAGGAUUAUGUCCGUGCAGCCAUGACUUGUAUACGGUUCUUCAGCCAUAAAACGGAGUCAUACGUUGAGCUUGGAGAAAAGCAGAAGUGGCUGACGAGAGCAAAAGAUCACCUUAAGACCUAUUUGCAGGGAAUGUCCACUAGGAGCUUUGGAAGAAAGAAAUCUGGAUCUUCAUUCCGAAAGAAGAUGACUGCCGGUGAUGUCACAAGACAUAUCAAUACAAUAGAACUUCAGAUUGAGGUGACCAGAUUCCUACAGCGAUGUGAGAGCUCAGGGAAUACACGGAACAUUACAUUCACUCCAGCUACUCUGUUUGGAAGCAAUCAAAUGAAAGAAGAUGUUGCAUGCAAGGUUAUGUUGGGAGGUAAAAACAUUGAAGAAGGUUUUGGUAUUGCGUUCAGAAUUAUACAGGACUUCCAGCUGAAAGCAGCAUCUGUGUAUAACAAGGCAGCUAAGCACUUGGUGACAGAACAUCAGUAUAAAGAGAUAAAACAACUGCUAAAGUGUGUCAUGGAAUCUGGAGAAGCCACCAAACAAGACUGUGAUGACAUAAUUUUUCGCUGUACUGAAGUAGCAGACAAAGGUGCUUCUGAAGCAAAAGAACUGGAGAGUCUGAUACUGGAAAUAAAAAGCAUAGACAUCAGGGUUAAAGCGUACCUCAUGUGCUGCAAGCUACGCCCAGCCUAUCUUAUUGCUGUGAAGCAGGAGCCUGCGAGGGCUGUGCAUCUUGUUAAAGAAGUGCUUCAGGUAGCAGAGAAAAUUGAAGAUGGAGUAAUGCAAAGUAUCUGCAAACAGUGGCUCUCUGAGCACCAAAAUAAGGCUGUGAUGAAACCAAUAUUGACUGCACAGAGAUAACACUUUUCACUUGGGCUGAUUAAAACAAGGAUUGAAACACAGCUGUACAUCCCAGUUUCUGAACUAGAAAUUGUGCAGUGUAUGAAUGAUUUCUGCCAGUGCUGCUUUCAUUUUCAAGUAGGAAAGAAUAUUUCUUUCAGGGGAUGCUCCAGAUUUCAUGAGAUCCAACAGAGAGACUGUGGACCACACCAGUGCAUCAAUUUCCUUUCUCACUGUAGAUAACUUUUGAAUAUGUUAUAUAUAAUCAUAUCCCGUUUGCACAGUAACACCUUUCCUGUUACCAAGCCUGAAGUCAAAUGGAUAUUAUGUCCCUCUUGUAAGUGUAGCAAACAGUUUGCUGAAGUUUCAUAGCCUGUGGCACAACUUCAUAUUCUGGCAACCAAGUGGUAUUCUUUGUCAUAACUUUUAUUCUGGUACAGGAAGUCAGAAUACAUUUGUUCUCCAGAAUUUGUACUUGCGACAGUUGUGGUCUGAAACCUACAGACUUAAUUGUUUCUCCUUAAUAACAAUGGAAUGGCCAGGUUGGGUUCUCCAGAUAGGAAUAUUUGAUAGGGCGUAUGUAUAGCAGGAAAUUAUUUUUUGUUAAUAAAUUUGUAGGUUUCACUUGCAGAAUACUAAGCCAUCUAAGUUACAAAUUUUUAAAACUCAAUAUGAGAGCAUGCGUUUGAGUUACCAGUGUGACACAGCUGAGGUCACGUUUCGUAGCAGUAAAAUGUGUUCUCAUAUUUCAGAUGCAGAACAGCUAACAUAGCUCAGGAACCAUAAAAUUCACUUUUGUCAGAACCAAUACAGAUCUUGCAGUAUAUAACCUGUGCUAGAGCUACAUUAACACAGUGUACCAUUACUUCAGAGGCUGUGGCCAUUGUUUCUCAACUCAAGAUGUAGACACCUAAAUGAAACCAAGAUGUUACAAGAACAGUAACUUAAAUAUCAAAGCUAUCUUUUAUAGUGUCCUUUUAGGCUUUUACUUAUGACUGUAAAUGAGAGUAGUCUGAAUGCAGUAAGGCUGACUGAGGUAGGAAAAGCACUCACAGUAGCAUAGAUUCUAGAGCAAGGAAGCCAGUGAGCUUCCAAGCAUAUAGUGACAGUGCAAUGGGCUCAUUCUUUAUGUGUUAGUCACAGAUGCCUCAUAGUAUCAGGACAAUAGAUUUCCAACUUAAUACUGUGUAUUAAAUGACUGAUAAGCCACAACAGGUCAUGCAUUGUUAUAAUUUAUUGCAUCCCCCAUGGGCAUUACUAAGCAAGUGCAGGGACCUGAUGUCUUUAGGUCCAUCAGUAAUGAGUAAAUGUUAUGUUUUUCAGUGAGUAACCUUCAUGUUUAUCCUUUAUUGUAGGACAAGUUCCCUGCAUGUUUGCCUGCAGUUAUGUAGCUUCCCCCCUCAAAAAAAAAAAGCAUCUUUAAAUCAAACCUUAACUGUACCCCCCUCAAAAGUGGUGCUGGUUCUGAGAUUGUGUUCUGUGUUGUCAGGCAGAGUUUUCUGUUUUAGGAGUAAAAAUAAUUGUCUGAAAAAGCACAAGAGUCAUGAUAGUUUAUUCCACUAAUAAAAUAAAAUGUGUGCUUUGUCAUAUUCCAAAAAUAUGUUAUCAGGUGGACUGGUGAUACUAAGCUGGCCCUAUAUUUGGGUGCCCUGAGGGACUGACAGUACCAUCUGGUGCUGCUUCCUACUUUGCCCUGUUGCUCCCCCCAUGAUCCAUGAAUCCAUUCACAUGGGUAUAGAAAGAAAAUGGUUGCAAUGAUACUAACACUUGAGGCCUGGAAAUUCUCAGUACCUAUAUCUUGUCAUUCUCUUUUUGAAACUCCUAUUAUGAUGACAUUUUUGCAUACAAUUUCCAUUUAGACUGAGAGGUUUGUACCCCAUCUUAUGCUAUUCUCAUUUGAUUGUCCCUUAUUACCGUGACAUUUCUACUUUGCACAUUGAGUAAUGAAACACAGAGAACUGUAUGAACAAAUGAUGGUGGUUUGGUGCACUCUGCCCACUACAAUGUACGCACUUUAUAUGAUUCUUUGGAAUUUUCUGAAUACAUUUUUAAAUGCAAACAUAAUAAAUGACGAUGAUACUA